AUGGCGGCGUCCUCUGUCUGCGUGCAGAGCGUGAUGCAGAGCUCACUGAGAGCAAUGAGAGCAGUGCGACCGUCUAUGGUUGUAAUUCUGGGAGCUACGGGAACAGGGAAGUCCAAAUUGGCUAUAGAAUUGGGACGAAGACUGAAGGGAGAAAUUAUCAGCGCCGACUCCAUGCAGGUAUACCACGGCCUAGACAUCAUCACUAACAAGGUGACAGCAGAGGAGCGUGCCCAGUGCAAACAUCACAUGAUCAGCAUCGUGGACCCUUUAAUGAGCACUUAUACCGUAGUGGACUUCAGAAACAAGGCUCUCACUCUCAUUAAUGAUAUGCACAGUAGGAACAAGCUGCCCAUUAUUGUGGGAGGAACAAACUAUUAUAUUGAAUCACUGCUGUGGAGAGUGCUGUUGGAUACAGGGGACAAUGACAACACUGGUCAUGGGGAAGACACAGUGCCCAACAGGAAACUGGAGCUGGAAAAACUGGGAGGAGCCGAGUUGCAUAAACGACUGAUGGAAGUAGACCCGACAAUGGCUGCUAUGUUGCACCCCAAUGACAAACGCAAGGUAGCAAGGAGUCUGCAGAUCCACCAGGAGACUGGUAUACCCCACAGUGAGUGGCUGGAGGAGCAGAGGAAGCAGGAGGGUGGAGGAGGCCUGGGUGGACCACUGCGAUAUCCAGACCCAUGCAUCUUCUGGCUACAUUCUGAUAUGGAAGUUCUGGACACUCGCUUGGACACUCGGGUGGACGAGAUGUUGGCUGCAGGACUGAUUGAUGAGCUGAAGGAUUUCCAUGUUAGCUACAAUCAAAGGAAAGUCGUGGAUGAAAGCCAGGACUAUCAACAUGGGAUUUUCCAGUCCAUUGGCUUUAAGGAGUUCCAUGACUACCUGAUCGCUCCAGAGAGCAGCAGCCAACAGGAAAGAGAUGCACUACGCGACAAAGGUGUAGAAGCUUUGAAGAUUGCUACUAGACGUUAUGCUCGCAAACAGAAUAAGUGGGUUCGGAACCGCUUUCUUAAACGUCCAGGUGAUGGCGUACCCCCAGUAUACGGACUGGACGUGAGUGAUGUGUCGCGGUGGGAGGAGACCGUGCUGACCCCUGCACUGCAGAUAUUGGCCUCUCUCUGUAAGGGCGAGGUACCUGCCGCUUCACCGCUGAGAGUGGAUGGAGAGUUAAGAAACAAGCGGAGUCGGCAUACCUGCGAUCUCUGCGAUAAAGUUAUUAUUGGAGAUCUGGAGUGGACAGCACACCUGAAGUCAAAAAAGCAUUACUAUCAUGUGAAGAAGAAGAGGAAGAUAGAUGAGGGCGAUAACCAAUCACGGAGCCAGGAAGUCUCUCAGGACUCUGCUCCUGCUCCCGGCUGCACAGAGUCCCUCCAGGAGUCGUCUCCAGACACCCGGGCAGCCCACACACAACUCUUUUUCCCGCCAGUGCAGUGUUUGGUGGGAGUGGUCAUGGCCUCGCUCUAUGGCAGCAACACAGAGAGCCAGGGCCUUCCCGCCUGA